AUGGCUUCUCCCAACUCGUACCAAUACCCAUCUUCUUCUGCUUACCAACCGCAACAGGCCACCUUCGAUACCCGAGAGGAUUUUCCGGGACCUAGAGCUGGCCAUACUCUCACCGCGAUUUCCCACCGCCUAUUUCUCUUCGGCGGUUCUUCUACAGUCGCGAGCAAUGGCGCCGAUAUCAGUUUCCAAGGUAUUACCAAUUCGGUGCAUUGUUUUAGUAUUUUCACCAGGAAGUGGACAAGGAUUCAUCCGGAAGGUAUUCCUCCGUCUCCCAGGGCUUAUCAUGCAGCGGUCGCAUGUGACGACAUGGUCGUUAUUCAGGGUGGGAUUGGUCCAGCUGGGCUUUGUUCAGGAGAACUUAUCGUUCUUAAGACGACUAAUGAUCAGUUCAGGUGGCAAAUCGUGGAAAUUGGAGGGGAGGCUCCAGGCCCUCGCUAUGGCCAUGUUAUGGCUAUAGCUGACAGCACCCUGCUUAUAUAUGGCGGAACAAAUGGAAAUAGAAUUCUCUCAGAUACCUGGGCAUUUCAUGCCGCUAAAAAGCCGAAUUUCUGGGAGAAAUUAACCCCAUUUGGCUAUCGGCCAAAAGGGAUCAUGUAUGCUUCUGCUAGUACUCGAAGACAAGAUCGUUAUUUUACGCUCUGCGGCGGAAGAGACUGCUAUGGCGAGUCACUGGGAGAUGCUUACGGGCUACAAAAGCUUAACAAUGGUUUUUGGAUGUGGACUCGGUUUCCCGGCGUAGCUCAUUCCCGGAGAUAUCAACAUACAGCGGUUUUUGUAGGCUCAAGAUUGCAUAUCAUUGGGGGUGUCCAUAAUGGGACUCGCCUAAUCGAUGGUGAAGCAGCUAUUGCAGUGCUUGAUACGGAGACUGGUGAAUGGUUGGAUAGAAAUGGACCUGUGACUUCUAAUCUUAGCAGCAAUGGGCAAUAUCGUUAUCAACUUAUGCGGCGUUGUAGCCAUGCUGCUGUAGCCGUUGGAAACCGCAUAUUUAUGCAUGGUGGAAUUAGAGAAGGUGUAAUGCUCGAAGAUUUUCUAGUCGCUGAAAUAUCGCAGCCUUCAAGUUUUGAAACAGCAAACGCAUCUUCUAGGAGGAGAAGCUCGAGCCAAAGUUCAUUGGAUGGAUCCGCGGAGGCUCAUCUAAACUUACCAAGUCUAGAAACUGCUUUUUAUGCUACUGCUGCUGAAGGAUUUGAUCCAAAUGUUGCGAGUUCAAGUGAGAGGGUUGGAAACCAAGGUGGCUUGGUGAGACAGCCACGCUUGGAUCGAGCUGUUCAAGACUUGGUUAAAGAGGUCAUCUUAACAUUGUUGAAACCUAAAGAGUGGGAACCUCCUGCAACAAGAGAAUUUUUCUUGAGUUAUGCCCAAGUGGCUGGAUUGUGCAGUGUUGCCAAGGGAAUAAUCGAGCAAGAACCAACACUCCUGCAGCUCAAUGCUCCCAUCAAAAUUUUUGGGGAUCUCCAUGGACAGUUCCGAGACCUAAUGCGCUUGUUCUCUGAGUAUGGAUCUCCUUCAAUAAAAGGAGAUAUCGCGUACAUUGAUUAUUUGUUUUUGGGAGACUAUGUUGACAGAGGGACACACAGCCUGGAGACCAUUAUGUUGCUGAUUGCAUUGAAGAUCGAGUAUCCGGGGAACAUCCACUUGAUUCGUGGAAAUCAUGAGGCUGAAGUGACGAAUCAAAAUUACGGUUUCAAACAAGAAUGCAUACAAAGAAUGGGGGAGCACAAUGGGUCACAAGCAUGGUCAACGAUAAAUGAUCUUUUCGAUUAUCUUCCGCUUGCUGCACUAAUCAACAAGAAAAUUCUGUGUAUGCACGGUGGGAUCGGGUCGUCAGUCUUUACCGUGGAACAGAUUGCAAAUAUCAAGAGGCCCGUUAAACCGGAUGACUACCACGUACCCGUUGUUGUCAAAGACUUGUUAUGGUCUGAUCCUACAGCGAAUGAUAGCGUUUUGGGCGUUGGAGGAAAUCCCAGAGGAGAUUGUAUUGUCUCGUUUGGGCCUGAUGUAGUCAAGGCCUUCUGUGAGAGGAAUAACCUAGACAUGAUUAUAAGAGCUCAUGAGUGUGUACUGGAUGGUUUCGAAAGGUUUGCUCAAGGACAGCUCAUUACUGUCUUUUCUGCUACAAAUUACUGCGGAGUUGCGCAAAAUGCUGGAGCAAUAUUGGUAAUUGGUAGAGAUUUGCUCAUUGUUGCUAAGAUGAUUCAUCCUCUUCCACCUCCCAUCUCACCUUCCGAAAGCUCUCCCGAGAAUGCAUGGAUGCCGCUGGACAGCGAGAGGCCACCUACUCCGGUUCGAGGGAGGCCAAAGCCCGACGUUGAGAGUGGCUCAACUUCGUAA